UUGCUCUUCCUCCUGUGGUGAUCCACGUAGGAAAAUGUAGUUUGGGGGAGAUGAUGCUGGAAAUGUGAUCCAAACAAUAAAGUCUUGGGCGGACGCAAUAUGGUAGGAAUAUUAUGCAGAAAAGUGAGCUCCUACCUGGUGGAGAUUAAUUAAUUGGUUUUCUAGCUGACAUUUUGGAAUAUACUUAGUUUUGGGGGUUAUAAUUAAAAAUUAGUGCUUUUGGAUUUACUGCAAUGGUUAUUUUCUUCCCUGUUUCGCCCAAAGUCACCUUUCCCAAUUUUGAUACCUUAAUAGCUGAUCUUGUAUGUAUGCCGGCAACAUUUGUAUGUUAUUAAGCAUGUAUUGAUCCGGCUGGAUGCAUCAUCUGCUACACAAAUGGUCUGUUUGCCUCCUAAUGGUGACCUACUGUCUCCUCCCAGCAAUUACUCCUUAUUUUGACCACAAAUCUGAGCAAUUUCUGCUGGAAAACACUUUAUUGAUGAGAUUAACCAUUUUCUUGCACUUAUGAAGUAGAUUAAAGCAUAGGUACAUCUUGUUCCCACUAGUCGAUUGUUGAUAAUGUCUCUUAUACACGUGGAGAUGGCUCAUAUUGUCCAGAUGUUUGGACCUUAAACUAUUACGUGAUUUUUGUCUGCAACAGCAUGUUCCGGUUAGCUUUGCUCUACUGGUACAUGUUCUAAUUCCCAAGGACAAUCAGAAAACCGUACUCCUGUUGUUUGGUGUUGUUUCCGAUGGUUUUCAAGUUACUAGAUUUAUGGAUGGCAGAGCUACAUAGAAUUCACAUCUUGUAUUUUCCCUCUUACUGUGAAAUUAUUGGACAGAAUUGAUAUCUCCUGAUCAAUGCAAGACCAUUGCAUUAUGGAAGCCACUAAAGAAUGAUGUGUGGCUACAAUAUUCAGUGAUGACGGGGCUUUAAAGAUUUGACUUCAAUUUUCCCUGUUUUCGUUUGUUUCAUUUACUCUAUGAUGAUAUUCCCCCACUACAAACAUUGCAUGGUGGAUGCAACUUUUUCUUGCCUAAAGUGGUCAAUAGACAAUUGCUUAUGGCUUGGGGGAAGAAUAUAUUCUCCGGAUCUAACUUCCUUUUCGCUGUGGUUUUCUUUAGCUGCUUAUAACUUGUGAAAAUCCUUAUGAGAUACAGGAUUCCAAAAGUGCCUUGUGGCCGGCAGAAAAGCCUGUGUUGUCCUUUGACACCACGCAUAUGCCUUUUAAUUACUUUGCGUGACCAUGCAGCAGCUUUAAGAUGCGCUAUAAAUAUUGCCAAUUGCCAUCCUUGCAACACCCCCUUCAGCUUAUUUGUGUGUUCUUGCUGCAUAGCACAGCUGCUGUUCUAUUGCAUUCUGAUACUCGGUAGAUAUUGAGAAAUGGAAGAACAGGUCGAAAUGGUGGGAAAGGCAUUUGUGGAUCAUUACUACCAUCUCUUCGACAACAACCGGACCGCACUCCUUUCCCUGUAUCAGCCAACAUCCAUGCUCACAUUUGAGGGGCAGAGGAUACACGGGGUUGAUGGCAUAUCAGCUAAACUUAACCAGCUGCCGUUCGACCAAUGCUGCCAUGUUAUUAGCACAGUUGAUUCCCAGGUGUCGGCCUUUGCUGGUGGCAUUGUGGUUUUCGUCAGCGGCAGCCUCCAACUGCAAGGAGAGGAACACCCCUUGAGGUUUAGCCAGAUGUUUCACCUGAUUCCCACGGGGCAGGGCAGCUAUUUCGUGCAGAAUGACAUGUUUCGACUCAACUAUGGUUGACAAUUGCUGCUCUUUUCCCUAAUUAAUUUGGGCUCUGAUCAUGCAAUGUACCAUCUGGGAAGCCAAGAAAAUUCAGGGUCCAUUUGCUUUAUUGUCAAACUUACUAAUGUCAUGGGCCAAUUAUUGUUUUUCUAAUUAAGUUAUUGAAAAUAAUAAUUAAAAAAUUAGCGAUAUAGAUUGCAAAAAUCCA